UGGUCAGAGGUGGGAUUCGAACCCACGCCCUGUCACGAGGACUUACAACUUCAUUCUGGCGCCUUGGUUAGCCCCACUCCGAUUGCCAUUUCUCAACAAAUCCGCCGACGACAGCACAAGAAUCCGCGCGAUGUUGCAGGCUUCCAUUACUCCGAUUCAAUCGCCGCCUCCGAUUUUCCAUGAAAAAACUAAUGGAUUCCCAACCCCUCCAUCAGUUGUCUUCCCCAGCGCCCGGCGGUCGACAUCUUUACGCCUACAAUCACUCCCAGUAACCAGAAGCUCUAUCUCUUCUUCUUCUUUUGAUCUCAAAGCCGGCAAAGGGAUGGAUACUUUCCUAGAUAUUGAACUCAAAGUUCGUGAUUAUGAGCUGGAUCAAUUUGGAGUUGUGAACAAUGCUGUUUAUGCAAGUUAUUGCCAACAUGGUCGUCAUGAACUGCUGGAAAGUAUAGGCCUCAGUCCUGAUGCAGUUGCUCGUGAUGGAGAUGCAUUAGCUUUAUCAGAAUUGUCUUUGAAGUUCCUCGCACCACUUAGAAGUGGUGACAAAUUUGUUGUUAAAGUGAGGAUCUCAGGCAUAUCAGUUGCUCGCUUCUACAUUGAUCAUUUCAUUUUCAAGCUUCCAAAUAUGGAGCCAAUCUUGGAGGCGAAGGGUACAGCAGUUUGGCUUAACAAAAAUUAUCGCCCAGUGCGUAUUCCACAAGAGUUUCUAUCCAAAUUUGGUCAAUUUGUUCAGGAUCACGAGUGCAAGUGAGUCAAGGUUACAAGAUGGAUGGGUUCCAAGAUUUUGAACUCAAAGUUCGUGAUUACGAGCUGGAUCAAUUCGGUGUAGUCAACAAUGCCGUUUAUGCAGAUUAUUGCUACCAUGGUCUAAACUCUGAACUCUAAACUCGAAAACAGAAACUUUAUGUUUAAUGAAUUAAAUUGGUAAGGUAAGUUUUGUAAUUGAUAAUGAAACAGGUCGUCACGAAUUGCUAGAAAGGAUAGGAGUGAGUCGAGAUGCAAUUACUGAGAGAGGGGAAUCGUUAGCACUAUCAGAUUUGUCGAUGAAAUUCCUUUCACCACUUAGAGUAUGGAUUAAGUUACUUAACCAUAAGAUAACCCAUUAAUUAUUAUAAAGUUUGGUUUAAUCAAACUACAAAAGUUGAUAGAAUUGUGAUUAAAUAUAGAGUGGAGACAGAUUUGUUCUUAAAGUGAGGGUGGUGGGAGUCUCAAAGGUACGGAUCUAUGUUCAUCACUUGAUUUUCAAGCUUCCAAAUAUGGAGGUUAGUAGUAGUGAGUAAUGAAAUGAAAUGAGAUUAAACAUAAUUAGAUGGUUAAUUGGUUAUUAAUGACUGUUUGUGUGUGAUUGGAUUGGAUUGCAAAUAGGCAAUCUUAGAUGCAAAGGCUACGGCAGUAUGGGUUAAUAAAAGCAAUCGUCCAGUGCGACUCCCAGAAGAGCUUUUGUCAAAAUUUGCUGAUUAUGUUGGGGAACAACGACAACAACAUCACUUCAAAACAGAACAACAUUAGUACUAUUGUCGUGUAAUUUCAUACCUGUGUGUUAUGUAAUGGUAAUUAAAGAUAGAGUUCAAGGUCAAAUCUUUAAUCCGAUUGAGGCUCAUUAGAUUGAAAUAUCAAUAAAAUUUCAUUACAACUUUUACCGAGUUGAA